GUGUUAAUAGAAAAGUGGAUUUUUUAGAACGCUCUUUUAUUUUUUAUUAUUGAGUCUGACAGCUUACUGUCACUUUUAUGUGAUGACAUAAUGUCAAAGUCCUCGUAAAAUAUAUAUAAAGGAAUUCUCAAGAAUGAUGGAGCCUACAUUAGUAAAUAUAAAAAAAGAACUCAAUGGUGAUUUCUCAACGUCUGAAAGUACAAAAGCAAGUGUAAUUCGUAUUUUGGACCAGAUCAGACGAUUUCAGGAACGCAUACGUAAACAUAUUGAGGAUAACUAUGUGGAAUUUAUGCCAAAUCAUACAACGUCGGACAUGUAUAUCGAUGAAGGAGAGACUCUAUUGCGUGAAACAGAGCAUUUGUUGAAAAAUGUUGGCAGCGAUGCAAGGCUGGCUUUAACAGAGGCCAACGCUGAACUGACGCAUUGUGUAGAUGAGUUGCGUGAAGUGGCUUUAGGUUUACGUGUUUCUUAUCGCAUAUUAAAAAUUGAUGAUUUAUUCCAAUAUGUGGAGGAAGCAAAUGCUACUAAAGACUAUUUGAUGGUUUUAGAUUUAUUGGGAAAAUUAAAAUGUUUGAUUUGCAGUGAAUCCGCAUCGGAGGUCGAUCGAUUGUUUCAAAAGGCUGACUGCUAUGAUACAAUCAAAGUAAAAUAUCAUAUUCAAGCAAAUAUAUUACAGCAAAAUCUGCAGCAGAGAUUUGAUCGUCUGGUUAUGUUCUCGGAAAAGAGUUUUCCGUCAGCAAAAAAUGUAACGCUCCAAGUAUCGAAGGAUGUCAAUCAAUUGCAGGACACUGUUAUGGCUUUAUUUCAGGCACGUUACAAUCCGAUGAAGAUAUGUGACUUCUUAUUGGAUAAUUGUUUUGUACCGAUGGUCACAAAGCCUGUUUCCGUCGAGUAUUCAACAGAUAAUGCUGAAUAUUACCAACUUAAUAUAUCGUAUUCGCUAAAGGAGCUCGGUAGAAGUUUACGACCUUCAUACAAGCAAGUGUUCAUGCAUAUCAAGUCGCUCUUAGAUUGUUUGACUAAUAUAAAUGUAAAUCUGUCCGGAAAUCAACAUGUAUUUACAAUAAUUGGAAGCCAUAUUAAAGAACGUCUGCUAAAGCUCAUUGUAAAUGAGUGUCUCAUCCAUGCAGUACCCGAAACGAUGGAUGAUUAUCAAGAGUCAACUCUAGUAGAUGAUGUUUUACGUUUCGAACAAACUUUAGCAGAUGCAUUUUUUAUUGAUCCUGAGACAGACUGUGCCCUCUCUGAGUUUACCCAAAAAUUUGAUACAUACUUUAGACAACGUUUUAGUAGAAAAGUUUUGGAAAGUGCUCGUGAAAUAAUGCAAAAAGAUUUGCAAGACAUGGCUACCAUAGCUGAGGGAAACACAGCCGAAGAAGUAGCAAAAAAUCCGUUUUUAUUUCCUCAAUGUAUGAUAUCGAAAAGUACUCUGGAAUUAGUGAAGUUAAUGGAACGUAUUUUACGCCAACCUAUGGAUACAUCAGCUAGUAUAGAAAGCGAAGAAGCUAAUAGUUUCCUGGCAGUAAUUCCAAUUAUCCUCAACACCUACGUGGAUAUUGUUCCAGAAAUACACGAAAAGUUACUUGAAAGUAUCCCCCAACAAGCAGUACUUUUCUAUAAUAAUUGCAUGUUUUUGGCACAUUGGGUUGCGAAAAAUGCUGAAACUGACAUACCUACUCAUCCGGCAUUAGUGAAAACUUUACAGGCGACUGGAGGCAGUAUUUUCAAAGCUCAAGUUUUGCAUCAGCAAAAAAUACUUAUGCAAAUAUUAAAGGACUUUGAUCUCUCAGACACACAUUCAAUUGGUUCGGCACCACUUAAAUUGUUACGCCAAUGUUUGCGACAAAUGGACUUGCUAAAAAAUGUUUGGUUGAAUGUAUUACCUGACGCUAUUUAUAACACAACAUUUUGUAAUUUGUUAAAUGAUUUUUGUCAAGAUAUAAUGAAGCGUAUACUCUCACUUGAAGAUAUAUCUGCCACAGUUGCUAGUGAAUUAAGUGAACUUAUCGAGGUGAUUUUGGAUAAAUCACCUGGUCUAUUUAAGGAUAAACAUGAAACUCUACGCGUUUCUUGUUGGAUGAAACUACAACAAUUAAAAAUGAUUCUAAAUGCAUCUUUGCAAGAAAUUACUGAGCAGUGGUGUGAUGGUGCCGGUAUUUUGACAGCUAAUUACAAAGCAGAAGAGAUUCGACAUUUAAUAAGAGCUUUAUUCCAAAAUACAGAUCGUCGUGCUAAAGCAUUGUCUAGAAUAGUUUAGUUAAGACUAUUAUUUAAUUUCUAUUUUUACAUCUGUAAUCUUUAUAUAUAAAAUGAAUUUAUGUAUACAUAUUAUUUAGUUUGUUUGAAAUGUUACAUAAGAGAUAUUCCAACUGAAAGGCUGUAUCGAUUUUCAAUAAUUACUAAAGUAAAUGCCAUAUUUCUGAAACGACAAA